UUCAUAUACUGCGGGCCAAUGAGCAAAGUUUUCUUACAAAUGUUUUCAUGAACAAAAAAAUGAUGGGUUCGCAAUUUUAACAGAACCCCUAAGUGUCUUCCUGAAAUGACACCACGUAAUGGUCAUGUGGCGUCUUCUUCGUUGAAACAGAAGCUAUAACGGACAAGGCGGUUUUCAAAUAUGAAACAUGUAGAACAAUGCGAAAUUACAUAGGUAAGGUCAGACUUUUUGUGAUGGGAAUGACAAAUCGCGGGAGAAAUAUCAGCAAUUUAUUUUUACAGUCGAUCAAGCAGAACUAAUUCUAAAAUCUCCCUUAAGAAAACAUUGGAGUCUUUAGGGAUGCUCUAAAUCGUCUCUCUUUUCACCUCUAGUUGUGGCAACAAGUUCUUUAGUUCCAUUCAAUCGUGCCAAACUCGACUGUGUUGCCCGAUGCACUCCAAGGUUUUCUCGCUAGACGAGCUGUGGGGUCGUCAACCCAGAGAAUGCGGCCGUUGCUUGGCGGACAAAAAUGUCCGGCCAUAAAAACUCAAGGGGCCAUCUCUCUUUCAAACGGUACUAUUUUGGGCCACAGACCGUAGUGGGACACGGCAGGACAACCAUGGUAUCUGACCUCUUUUUGUUCCUACUGGUCUUCGCUCAAGCCGUUUCUGUUGCAAAUUGUGUCACGCCAGACAGAAGGGAGGGCCAAUCUACCAUAUCUAACUAUGAGGUGGAUGUGCGCGCCAACGCUGCACCGAUCCAUAUCACUGGUGAAAGAUUCCUCUCCGUUGCGGUGGAUACAAACAGCCUCAACAAACACUGGAUGCACUUCAACUUCAGCUCAGCCAAAUUGCAGACGAUGACCCGAGCGUUGUCCCCCGCCUACCUUCGUCUCGGUGGGAGAGCUGGUGACUUUCUCAUCUUCAAGAACCCAUGCGAUGGUAGUGAGCCCUCUACCGGUGACACUGGGGUUGAGGAUCCACUGACUUACUUGUGCCCCCAAGACUGGGAUGACAUCAACAACUUCUGUUCCGAUACGGGACUGAAGUUAAUCUUCGGCCUCAAUCUGUUGCUACGGACCGAGGCUGGAGGCUGGGACCCGGACAAUGCCGAGCACCUGCUUGAUUACAACACGCACGACGUGGCCUGGGAGCUGGGAAAUGAGCCAAAUUCCUUCAAGAAGAAAGCCAACAUAACUCUGUCAGGGAGUCAAAUCGGUAUCGACUUUAACUUGCUCCGCACGGUUCUCAAUAAUCGAGUCCGGUACGUAGGGGCGUCCGUGUACGGGCCAGACAUCGGGAGUGUGGGAAGGAAAAAGACCAGCACCAUGUUGGAAGGAUUUCUUUCAAAGACAAACACCACAAACGCUACCACUUUUCACAGCUACUAUCUCAAUGGUAGGAUAGCGACGGUAGAUGAUUUCCUUGACCCGGAGACACUCGACGGUCUGCUCCCGGGUCAAAUUGAUCUGGUGGAGUCCCUGGUGUCCAAGUACCGCGAACCGGGGUCGCGGGUCUGGCUGGGUGAGACGGGCAGCGCGUUCGGCGGCGGGGCACCGAAUAUAUCCGAUAGAUUCGUUGCUGGGUUCUUGUUUUUGGACAAGCUUGGAAUGAGUGCCAGAAUGGGACUUGACACGGUGAUACGUCAAACAUACUACGGCGGACACUACACCAUGCUCGACCUGGAAAACCUGGACCCGAAGCCGGAUUACUGGAUUGCGUACAUCUAUAAGCGUCUAGUCGGCAGGCGAGUACUUCGCGUCAAGAUCACUCCGCCGACUACGGGAUCAACUCCCUGUAGCGUCAAGGGCGGUGAUAAGCAGUACGUUCGCGUGUAUGCCCACUGUACUUCAACCAACCAAAGUGGCUACGACGCAGGCGCAGUGACCCUCAUCGUACUGAAUAUGCAUAAGAACGACACGGCUAACAUCACCUUGGCGCGUAAGCUUGGAGGGCGGACCAUACAGCAGUACUUGUUGACGCCGUACGGGCCGGAAGGAAUGACGUCACCAGAAGUGAACCUGAACGACAGUCCCUUACAUCUGAAGGACGACACCUCCCUCCCAGAGAUCGAGCCGGUCGUUAUCAAGCGUGGGAAACCAAUGCUCGUGCCUCCUCUAUCCUAUGGCUUCUACGUGGUAGCCAAAGCCAAGGCCAAAGCAUGCUUGUCCUAGUUGCCCCCCUUGAUCACAUGUGGGAUAGGAACUAAAUCCACAGAUUAAAGCAGCAGAGUAACAUUAAGUCGGAAUCUAAGAAUUUGAGAUUCAUUUAUUUCUGGAUUGUGUAGAUCGAAAGCUUUCUAAUGGUAUAUGACGUUUAGGGAUACUGAGUUCCUUAACGGAAAUAUAGAACCAAAAAAUUGACUUUGUAGUGUUUUUUUUUUUUGAGAAACAUUUAAAAUUCCCACUGUUGUAUUACAGUGAAUGAAGUCAACGUAUACAUAAUGACUUUAAAGAGGUUUCAAAGAUGUUGAAUAGAACAUCCAACAAUUGGGAAAGGUACUACAGGCCUUACUUUUAAGUAGGUAAUGCCAAAUACCCUAUUGAUCAAUUUGUGGGUUUUUUUCUCAGAGCAAGUCAUGAACAAACCGUACCAAGAGAUAUUGAUAGUACUCAGAUGAUAUUCUUUUUUUGUCAACAAAUCAUGAUGCCCGCAGUUGUCUUAUCCACUCUGCUAAUUAUCGCUUUCCUAUAAAUUUACGCGUCUAUUGCCCCAACUCGACUAAAUGUAUUGGUUCCAUCUUUUAGCCUUUCACAAAAAGCACCAUACCAUCCAUCACAUUCUAAUUUCCAUCCCAGAAGCUUUGUGGUUUAAAAUUACAACCAAGUAAAUCAAUUGUAUUAUCAUCUGUCUGUUAUACUCGUUCCAAAAUCGUAGCUUUGCAUUUAUAACGAAAUUGCUACUGAUGAAACAGUGGCUUUUGAUGAGUUUAUGAAGGAUGCAAUCUGGACAUUAUAACAAGGAUAUAUUUGAACAAUAUUAAUAUUUUCCCAGGAAACGAUGGUUAAUGGUUUAUUUCAAAUUUAAACAUCGCGGCUAAAAAGGUCAAUUGCGUUUAAAAUACAUCAAUAUCAGGUAAAACAUGUAUUGGUACCAAAAAAAAAACUUUUAUAAUACUAACGAGGCUUACAAUUUUAUAAAAUGGACAUGGAUGUCAAAAGAACUUUAAAAAGAGAAGAAAAAGAUACAUGUUCUUUGAAACGGUUGAGGGAAAGGUAUGGCAUAAGACUGGCCAACAGUCAAAAAUACCAAAAUGAAGCCGGGGGACAAAUAUUUUUUUUGCAUCUUGGUAUUAAGUCAUUGACCAAGUAAGCGUCAAACAUAUCACGUGAACAACUAAAUUAUGUCCCCUGAUUCGGAAUAAGUUCUUAUUCCUUAUAUUCCACGGCAGUUACCGUGGUAUAUACCCUAGAUCUAGCCUGAUGCGUUAACCCGCUGGUCUGAAUGUUGCAGGUUCCAGCUUCGAAUCAUGGAGGGAAUUUUACUUUUUCAUUUUUUCCCUCCUAAAAGGAAUUUUCUUCCCUAAAUUGUGUUUAAUCAAGUCCCGAUGAUCGAUAAAAUAAAGUUCACUCUUUUCUUUUCAUUCAUGGCUUAUGGAUGAUUUUUGUUUAUAGGGAACUUAAGUCCGAGAACCAUUCCUUUACCAACUGAUGCAUGCGCACUGUGGUCAUUGCCUGUGCUAGG